AUGGAUUACCGUCAAGAUUCGGCACUAUCGGAGUCCGAAAAUCAUGUCGACGACAUCAGAAGGUUCUGGUACUACGGCAAUGUCAUCGGUCACGUUCUCAAUGUACGUCCCGCAUUUGACGAUGCCAUGCAGCUGGCAAGUCCAAUUAAAAAAGGGAGAAAUCCAAAGGGUCCCGAGAUAGUCAAAGGAGGCAGAGGCAAAGGCAGAGGACAAGGCAAUCGACCCCCCAAAGCUACUAAACCAACGAAAACUACCACGACUACCACAACAACAAGACGCACCAAACCUUCCAAAACUACGAAAACAAAACGCACGAAAGCUACCAAAACUACCACAAAAUCACGACGCACCAAAACUAAAAAAACUAAAAAACCUACCAAGCGUCCUAAGACUACAACUCGGAGUCAAGAUAUAUAUGAACCUGAAAUGCCUGAUUCUGCGCCGGUCUAUUCCACUGAAUGUCAUUCACAAGAAAAAGAAGUAGAAGAGACAAAAGAGGAAGAAGAAGAAAAAGAAGAAGGAAAAGAAAAAGAAGAAGGAGAAGAAAAGGAAGAGGAAGAAGAAAACGAAGAAGAAGAAGAUGAUUGUUGAAAUUUGCCAGCAAUAUACAAAGAUGAGAUAAUUUCGUGGAAUGUUCUUGUUUCCAUUUGUUUUUGUUUG